AUGCCGCCAUCGCCAACUACAAGGCGUUCGAGCAGUUCGGCGAUCCGAAUACAAGGAAAAAGCGGUUUACUGGAUGCGUACGAUCCUGCCUUUCACGCACCUGUGGGAGCCGGAGGAGAUUCCGAUGCUGUACAAUACCAAACCGGUGCUCAGUUCGAGCGACUGGUACUUCGCCACUGGGUGCGCGACCAUGUGCAGUGGGAGGUGCUCGCCGUGUUCGCCUCAGUCGAUUGCCAACGGCAUCCGCUGGAGGAGGUCGAUCCGGAGAUCGACUGGAUGAAGUUCCACCGCGGUAUUACCAAUGCGGCGAUCCGUUGGAUGAAUGUGCAUACCGACGACAACUGGCGUCCGCACAAUAUUCCGGAGACGUACGACCGUUACAAAGAGGGUGCGUUCGACUAUUGUUUCCCCGAUACGCACAAUGCGACGACGGGCAACUACGGCGGUAUGUUUAUUCCUCCUUCCGCUAUCGCGGACAACAUCUACUACCUGUUUGGACGCGCGAAGCCGAGGCGGCAAAAGUUGGGGCCGGAUACUUAUUUCACCGCUUCCGGCUACCACUACGACCAUCCGUUGAUCUACGGUUUCAGCCACACCCAUAAAUCGGGCGGCGGCGGAACCGAUUAUCAGGACAUCAUGUUCUUUCCGGUUACGGAUGCCGUAUGGACGCAGCAGCAGGUUUGUCCCGACCGCGUCGGCAGCCGUUAUUCGCACGAGCAGGAGUUUAUCGAACCGGGGUAUUACCGGAUCAGGCUCGAUUCGGACGUGGAUGCCGAACUGACGGCUACGGCUCGCUGCGGGAUGCACCGCUACACGUAUCCGGAAGGGGCGAUGCGGCAGUUGAUCAUCGACUUGAAACACGGCUGCGAGCAUUCGACGACCAUUUUCGCCGACGAAGAUUUCGAUACCGUCAAAAUCUCGCGGCUGGAAUGGGUCGACGACCGUACGGUGCGGGGAUACCGGGUUUCGAACGGCUGGGCGCCGGAACAGCACGUCUAUUUCUACGCCGAAUUUUCAGAGCCGAUCGUUUCGUGCCGUCUUUUCGAUCAUACUCAUUUUCGGGACGGCGUCCGUGAGUUGGAAGUACCGACGUGCGGGCCGUGCUGCGUUUCGGAGGGAAGCGGGAAACCGUCGUCGUCCGUGUGGGCAUCUCCCCGUCCGGAAACGACUUAUCGGGACUGGAACGAAGCCCUGUCGGCUGUCCGGAUCGCCGAUGCCGAUUCGCCGCAGAAGGAGGUGUUUUAUACGAGUCUCUAUUUCGCGAUGCUCUACCCGAUGCUCUAUUCCGAUGUGACGGGCGAAUACCGCAGUUCCGACUCGAAGGCCGGACGUGACCCGCGAUCUGAUGAAAACCUUGCUGGAGCACUACCGCCACUGCGGUCAACUGCCGAUCUGGACGCUGGCCGGCGUCGAGAACAUGUGCAUGAUCGGUUAUCACUCGAUGCCGCUGGUUGCCGACGCUUAUUGCAAGGGAUUCGCGGUUACGAUGCGGAAGCGCUUUACGAGGCGAUGAAAGCGUCGGCCAACCGCGAUACGUUCGGUUAUUUUCUGAAAGCGUUCCGCGGGACGCGUUAUUACAAGCAGUACGAGUACGUGCCGUGCGAUCUGGAGGUGACUUCCGUUUCGAAGACCCUCGAAUAUUGCUACGACGACUGGUGCAUCGCUCAGAUGGCGCGGAUGCUCGGGCACCGGGACGACUACGACUAUUACAUCGGCCGGGCCGGCUGGUAUAAGAAUCUUUUCGAUCAGAAUCUGAACUUUAUGCGCGGCAGGAAUUCCGACGGCAGUUGGCGGACGCCGUUCGAUCCGUUCCAUUCGAACCACUACCGGCCGGACGACGAUUUCUGCGAAGGCACUUCGUGGCAGUGGACUUUCUUCGUGCCUCACGACGGCAAGGGGCUGAUGAAUCUGUUCGGCGGCCGCGAUCCGUUCGUCGCCAAACUCGAUUCGCUGUUUACGUAUGCGCAAGGCAACGAGCCGGGGCAUCACACCCUUUACAUGUACAUUAUGCCGGACAACCGUGGAAAGGGCAAAAACGGAUCAGCGACGGAUGAGACGGAUCAAUUGUUUAUUGGGAGUUUUGCUGUGCAUUUUCGGCGCGCAGCAGGCAUUCGGGUUCGCCCGGCCGGAGAAGGAGUAUCGGAUUUCCAGUUUCCGCGGACGGCUAUUCCGCGUAUCGACGGCGAUUUUUCGGAUUGGGACAUGGUGCCCGAUUCCUAUGCGAUUGGAUUGUCGGAGUUGUACGAUACGCAUGGCGGACGCGGUGAGAACCUCGAUCCGAAGGAGUUCGACCUGACCGUCAAGGUCGGUUGGGUGAACGGGGAGAACCGGCUCUAUUUCUAUGUGGAGGCUUACGACGAUAGCUGGGACUUUACCGAUCCGGGUUUGCGGCAGGAUAUUUUCGAAUUGGUGGUCGACGGCGACGCGUCCGGCGGUCCGUUUAUCAAGGAAGACAACGGCAAUAUCAACAAGCUGCCGGUUGCUGACCUGCAUUUCAAGGGACAUGGCGCCCAUGCGCAGAAUUACCACAUUUUCACGCCGGUGCAGCACGGGAAAGACUGGGCGAUGGUAUGGGGUUCUACGCCGUGGAUCAAGGAUUUCCCGUAUGCCAACGUCGCGUACGACUAUGAUUUCGGGCCGGGUGAAUCCGGUGCUGAAAAUGGAGUUCUGGAUCACGCCUUGACCGAGAACGAGUUGAUCGGAAUGUCGUGGUGUAUGAUCGAUUUCGAUGUGGAUCGGCCGAAAGCCGAUCCGGUGAUGUGUCUGUCGCACGAUUUCCGGAUGAUCCGCGACGCUUCGUUCCUAAACGCUUUCCGGCUGAUGCCGCUGGAAGAGACGCUGCGGCCGAAAAUCGCUGCCGACUGGGCGUUUACCGAAGUCGACCGCGACCGGCGGAUCGUGCUGUUCGAAGAUCGUUCGACCGGAGAGAUCGCCCGCCGGGAGUGGGACUUCGGCGAUGGAACGAAAUCCUCCGAGGAAUAUCCGCUGCACCGUUAUGCCAAAGCCGGCGAAUGGACGGUGACGCUGACCGUCGAAGGCCCGGACGGGCAAGACCGCCGCAUCAAGGUGUGGGAGGUGGUGACUCGGUAA